ACGCGCGCAGGAUCGCGUCACCACGAGUGUACAACGGCUGUCAUCGACUCUCAGCUGUCCGAUUGACGGCGAACCCAAUCUCGCGUUUCCGUCGACCCAGUGCCGCGUAAAUCGAUCGUCGUCAGAGAUUCGCUCGAUACACGGCACGUCGAUUCUCGAUCGAUACGGUGUUUGCGCGACUCGCGGAUCGGUCUUUGCGGUGACACGUGCUCUCGCUAGGCGGAUCGUUUGACAGUGCAGUUAUUCCCUUGUCAACGGAAUCGAGGCGUGGGUGACUCGUGAGACCGCUAGAAAAAAUUCUUACACGUGAUCAAAUUCGUGUAGAGGAUCUAUCAUCCUUUAACAACUCGAAUAAUAAAAUGAGAUUAUAAUUUACUUGGAACGAGUAUGAAACUUGCGAAUGAGUCGCUUGGCAGUGUCUUUAUCCGUCGUCUAUUGUUAGAAUAAAAUUGAAUCUAUCUUUGGACCGGCUGUCGGCGAGCACAGGUGAUACGGAUAGGUGGUGUUUCUGGAUCGCGAUCGAGGUCGCGUCUGGAGUCGAGUAUUCGUGUUCGACACACGGUUCCCACCCUUCUCGGGGCUUCUUAACUAAGCUACCCGACUUUAAACGAUUUCAUCAACGAGGCCACUCCUGUCGCUCCACGUGUUACGAUACACACGCUCAUCUCCGCUCCGUGGAGUUGACUGACCGAGUGACUCACAAGAUCGCGGAGCCUAUUCGUCCCGUCUCGCCGAUUGAAGAUACGCGCACAACGCGCUCGUUUCUAUCGUGACACGGCGGUUCGUCAGUCAGGGAAAACAAUCGUGAUAGGAACGGAAUCGAACUGAGAGAGGAAGCAAAUCUUGCAAACCUCCGAAGCAAAAUUUUCGCAGCUGUUCGACAUCCCCACGCGAGUCCAGCGAACCCCGUCCAUCGGGGAACGCUAGCCCAGACGAUUCGCAAUUAGCGAUCGACAAAAGUGCUGGCCAGUAAUUGGGAGCCGGAUUAAUUGGAACGCGAAGCCAUCGCGGCCACCCGCCAUGAAAGAGACGAACGCAGCGGGUGGGUCGGUCGAAUAAGCCCGUGCCUUCCUCGCUUCGCGGAUUCCGUCUGCACACCAAAUAAACAUCGGUAGACGGUACAUUUUUCAAGUGUGCUUCUCCAAAACAUUCGCGAGUGCUGUCAUCGCGUGGUCUCGUAAGAAGUGAGAAGUAAAGUUCGAUUUGGUCGAUCCUACAGUGCGAUCGGUGCUAGAAGAUCCUCGCCAUCGAAUUGGAAGUGCCAGAACAAGAGAAGGCAAGAGGUACCCCUCGAUCACCGAGAACGAGAAGAGUUUGCCAGUGAACCUCCAAGUGUGCUCCAAGAGUAACCCAACGCGAGUGCUAUCGAGUCUGCAGGAAAUUGAUUGGAAGUGUCAGGAAAAGGGACGCUGAGAAGAAGGGUAGCUUCGACGGUCAGCGUGUCGGGAAUCGGGCCUGAGGAUGCGCCGUCGGGCGACAACGCGUUCUUCGAGAAUAGUAGCGGUAGAAUGUUGACGGCCCGUUCUGGGCCUCUUGGGCUCGGCGUACCGCGAACCCUGGGGCCCGCAGAGGGGAGCGACCAUCUCUUUCUGCUGCCGGAAAGGGCAUUGAUCAUGGACAGCACCCACUUGCGACAGGACCUGGCCGGUCUGGACUUCAACUUGCAUCUGAACCUGCUCCACACGGCACCGCGUGGCAACGUCUGGCUAUCUGGAGCCGCUUCUGAGGAAACUAACCAAAGGUCCAGUUCUGCACACAAUCGCCACUCUCUCACGAAGGAAACGAUGCAUUGGUUCGCCCAAAUAGGAGGUGACGAGGCUUCACCCGAUUCGUCAGAUGUGAAGCGACGCCGAAGUUUCUACGACGAGGACUCUCUCGACGGCGAUCUUCCUUUCGAGAACGAAGGACGGGAGUCGACAGGAAGCGCGAAAGACGUGGACAGGGCGAAGCUCGUCCGUGAGAGACAGAACGAGGAGCGGCAGCGGAAGUUGGAGGAGCUGAGACAUCAGGCUCUCGCCGCGCAGCGUUUCCGGGAGCAGCGGGAGGAAGAACGCCGAAGGCGCAUCGACGAGCUCAGAUCGCGUGACAACGACAGAAGAUAUCAAGUCGAAGAGAGAAAGCGAUUGAUAUGCGAGGCGGAGAGGGAAAGACGGGAGGCGAUCCUCCGGAAGAACCAGGAGAGAGAGGCGCGCAUAGAGGCAAAGAGGAAGAACAUCGAGAGGUCCCACAUUGUGUUCGCGUUCGGAAGCUCUACGCCAAGGAUGCUGGAACCUGCAGACACCGGUGGCUCCACUUUCUGGGGAACUCGCAGAGCGACCUCUACCACCAACGUGAUGAUGUUCUCGGCUGCUCAGCCGUUGACCAGGAGAUCCUCCGAAAGGGAGCUCGACGGCAGCAAGAAACGUGCCACUUCCGCCGGAGGACUCGACAGGAAACCUGGCGAAGAUAUGAGAAUGUCCUCGUCCAUGUACGAGGUGUUCAAUUGGAAUUCUAGCCCUGAUCCUCCCUUAACCCCUGCCAAACAUAAGAGAGCCAGCCUCUCUCUGCCUCCUACAACUGACAUCUUUGCCAUCGAUGAUAAGUCUGAUAGCGACACUAGGCGUCCGAUGAUUCAGCGGGCUGCCAGUGGUGAAGAGAGCGACGGAACGCCCGGAACACCUAGUUCGGUUUAUCUGCGAGUGAACAGGAGACGCACCGACCUGAUGCCGACGAUACCGUCGCCGCGUGAUGGACCUCCGUCGACGGGACGCAGCUCCAGCGCCAAGGCCUUCACACGUUCGCCAGGUAGGACUUACUCGAUGUCCAGGCUGGAUCAGCUGGCGCAGCCUCGGAAACGUCCGACAGAACUUAGCACACUGACGGAACAACAGAGCCAGCCUCUGAGCGCUUCUAGCAUGAGUCGCAGCAUGUCACAUUUAGCUGCGUCCGGGGCUAAGAGCCUCAAACGCUCAGAUAACUCUCGUAGCAUGGGUACGUUGCCAGGCGCGGUCCCGAUCCCGAGACCAACCAGGGCCGAGAGACUCCGUCGCAAAGCACGCGAGCAUCAAAACCACCAGCAGCAAGGCAUCCGCAGCGGGGAGGUGACACCGAACAGCCCAUCACGACCGCACAGCUCCAUGAGCCAGCAAAGCGCCAGCAGUGUGGGCAGCAGUAACGUCAAUCUGCGUCCCCGCACGACUGCCCCGCGUCGGCCGCGACCUGCUUCUAUUGCCGGUACCGGUGUUUCGGUCACAGAACGACACAAAGUUAGGACGUGUCGCGAGUCACGUAUUCUCGCCGCAGAUCUGUUGGCCGACACGAAGCUGACGAAGGAUUCGAAGCCCCCACUGCCAAAGGUCCAUAAUAGCACUCCAAAGAAACCUUCCACGCCGAAAAUGACGGAGGCGAAGAAACCGACGGAAAAACUGACGAAGAACGCCAAGGCGUCCCCGCGGAUAACCCCGAAAGCGACGCCGUUACAGAGCCCUGGAAUCGAGAACGAACCGUUCAUUCGCGAGAACACGGUGGAGAUAAUCAAGCACGACGUCAAGGAGGAGAUUAAGUCGGAGGACAAGCACGAGGAGAAGAAGGACCAGGGCACAGAAAAAACACAACAGGAAAUAAGUGCUGCGGAACAGGGUACCGAGGAGGUUAAGCAGCAAGCUAUCAUCGAACAAACCAAUUCUGUCGCGAUGUCCAAACAGAUCAAGGACGAAACCAAUUCGAACCAAGAGAAUCAACCAGUCGCGCCAUCUCAAGAAACUCCCAAGAACACGAAAAAAGAAGACAACAAACAGGAGAAGAAGCCAGUUGAAGUCGAAGCGAAAUCCGAAAACAAUUUGGAGGAGCAGGUAGACAUGUCAGCCUCUAUGAUAGCGAAGAUUAGGAUUACCACGGAGGAGGAGGCUAAGGCAGCCAUAGCGGAACGCAGAAGAUUGGCCAGAGAGCAAGCGGAACGGGAAGCCGAACUCGAACGUCAACGACAGGAGGAAGAAGCGCGUUUAGAGGCCGAGAGAUUGCGCGCCGAAGAGGAAGAGCAACGCCGUUUGGAAGAGGAAACGCUCCGUUUGGCGAACGAGGCCCGAGAAGCUGAAGAACAGAGACUGAGAAUGGCGAUCGAAGAGGCGAAACGUCGCGAGGAAGAAGACAGGAGAAGAAGAGAGGAAGAGGCGCGUCAGAAGCAGGAGAAGGAAGAGGCUGAGCAGAAAGCGAGAGAAGAAGCUGAAAGACAACGGAUUGAAAUGGCUGAGCGUCUCAAAAAGGAAGAAGAAGAAAGGCUCGCUAGACGUAAACGCGUCGAGGCGAUUAUGAGUAGAACUCGCGGGAAAAAUCAAAACACGCCCACUAAGGGAGAGGGUGGCGAUGGCGAUGGCGAUAAAUUGAAAGAAGACAACAGUCCUAACGAUGAAAAUAAGCCAGUACCGGGUAGCAAAAACGAAGAUGUAAUGACAGCCAGUCUCAUAUCCGAAGCAACUCAACAAUUCAUUAGCGGAGAGCAGCGAGCUCAUCAUACGGAAAACAACACUACGGCGGAUAUUGUGCAUAACGGCACGCAUAGUAAUGGCAUUAACGAAAGUAAAAUUGUAUUGGAUAAUAAUCAGGGUAAUGUGGAAGGAGAACUGAAUGGUCAUCAUACGAAUCACGGAAAUGGUAUCAACAGUCAAUCAAUUACACUGGACAAUGCCACCGUCAAACAAAACAACGUGACCAACAACCUGUUAGACCUAACGGAAUUCGACUCUCUCAGUAAUAGCAGUAGUGGUCCAAUACUUGAACUGACAUCCAAUUUGGCCAACGAAGACACCCUCAACUCGAACCUAAAUCCAGCAGCUAUACCUUUCACUCCAUUGGCCAACACAUACAUGCCAACCGCUGCUAACGUCAAUGUAAAUCCGUUCCAGGAUUCUUUUAUAAACAACAAACCACAAGAUAAUAGUCAAGUACCAGAUCUUUUAUCAUAAUGCGCGUAUUAAACAUUCUGGUGAAAAGGAAGAAGAACAAUUGGAUCGAAAUGCCCUGUUGCUUACAGCAAGCAAUCUAGGUAUCAAUCUAAAUGACGUCAUUAACAAAAUAAUGUAAAUAAGCGCUAUCGAUGUGUAGAAAUGGAGAUCUAAGUAGAGGAACGGGGGCACUACGUCAAAAAAAAAAAAAAUAAUAAAAACACAAAUAGGAAAAAAAAAUGAAACGACUACCUUGUCCUUAAACGUUGUCACGAGGAAUGUAAAAUAAUAUAUAAUGUUAAUUAAUAAUACUAUGCAAACAGCAAAUAGGCACUCAGUCCGUUAUAGUAUGCUAUUAGGAUAUAAAUCUAAUGUUUUAGAGGUCCUUUAAGGGAAAUAAGGCCUGUUUAUAACGUAAUAUGAUUUGAAACACGCGUAUAUAUUUUAUUGUAAGAAAUUUCGUUGAAUUGAUUUCACGCAUUUUUCGUCCGUGCUCUUAUGAUGUUUGAUGUUUAUUGAAGGUCUUUUAUCGAAAAAAAUA